AUGCGGCUGUACAACGCGCUCAUGGGCUUCCUGGCGAGGGAGCACCAGGCGCACGCCGCCACGCUGCUCUUCCAGGACAUGCUGCUGUCGCGCGCGCGCUCCAACCACUUCACCUACACCGCACUCAUCAACGCGUACGGCCGCGCCAGGUGGUUUGAGGACGCGCUUGCUGUCUUCCACCACAUGAAGACGUGCGACGACAAUGACUGCAGGCCCAACAUAGUGACGUACAACACGCUCAUCGACCCCUUGUGCCGGGAAGGCCAGCUCGACGCCGCUCUGCAGGUGUUGGACGACCUGUCAUCGGGCGUGUUGGACGAGCAGGUGGAGCCCAACAUAGUGAGGUGCAACACCAUCAUCAACGCAUGUGGCAAGGCGGGCCGCGCCCCCGACGCCGAGGCCACGCUGCAGGCAAUGGAGCGCACCGCCAUGGCGGCGGACGGCAUCGCGUUCACCGCACUCGUGGACGCGCAAAUCCCCCCCGACGUGUUCUCCUACACGGCCCUCAUGGCUGCCUUUGGCCGCGCUGGCCUGUCGGACCGCGUCACCGAGACGCUGGCUGCCAUGCAGCGCGCGGGCGUGCUGCCCAACGAGGUGACGUUCCUCACCGUGCUGGACGCCCAUGGCAAGGCGGGUAACUACGAGGAGGCUGACGCCACGCUCGUCGCCAUGGUUACGUGCGGUUACCGCCCGUCGGUGUACAGCUGGAGCUGCUUGAUUGACGCGUUUGGGAAGGCGGGGCUUUAUGCCAAGGCAGCAGGGGCGUUUGAGCGCAUGCAGGCCGAGGGCUGCCGCCCGAAUCUGAUCACGUACGCAGCGAUUUUGUCUGCUUGUGCACGGUGUGAGAAGUGGGAGGACGCGCUGGAGCUGUUGUACUGCCUGCAGAGGACUGGCGGCGAAUGGGAGGUCGCCAUGUGUCGGCUCGUGAUGGCAGGCCCAGAGGAGGAAGGAGAGGAGUGUGCGAGCGCUGCCGCUGGCCAUGCGGCGCUCCUUCUACAACGCGCUGGCCGACUCUGGAGCUUUGGCAUGCGGCGCCGCGCUGCCCGCGUGGUGGCGUUGGGCCGCGGGCUGGGCGUGUAUGGCGGUGCGGACGACCUGCACAAGGAGGCGCGCGGUGCACGCAGGGGUGGCGUGGGGCACAGGGAGAGCAGCAGUGGCAGUGAGAGUGAGAAUGGCAGUGGUACUGGGAGUGGCAAGCAGAGAGGUAGUGGGGCCGGAAGGGGCGGCGGCAUGUGGAGGGAGGAGGGCAUCUGGAAUGUGGACCUGCACGAGCACUCCAUUGGCUCCGCCUGCGCCUUCCUCUUCCUCUGGCUGCGCGACCUGCGCACCGCCUGGCAGUGGCACAAUGAGAUACCGGAGGCCAUCGAUACAGUCACGGGGUGGGGGAGUCAUAUCAAGCGCAAGGACGCCACGUCAGACAGGCUAGCACAGGUGGCGCCCCUCAAGGCAGCGGUCCUGAGGGAGCUGCACCUCAUGCACUCGCCCUUCCAGGAACUUUCUGUCAAUGCGGGGCGGCUGGUGGCGGGCGGAUGGGCGGCGUACUCGUGGCUGUUGCAGGAGGAGAUGGGGGAGCGGCUGCAGCUCAGGGAUGCGCCCCAGCCCGUGCCUCCUGGGGACAAGCCCUACGAACCACUGUAA